AUCUCAACGCACAGCAAUGCAUAUAUAGAAUAUACCGCGAUACGCGGUUUGGAGGGUUGCCUUAUAAGGAAUACUUUGCUGCUCUAUUGGCACCUUCGAUCAAUCCGAGGAAGUCCAUCCGCAGCUGCUACUAUUUACAAAUUCAACCCGGAGGUCACUCAGUGGUGGGCGGAGGCCUGUACAACCCCGUCGCGAAAGAGUUGAAGGCCGUUCGCACAGCCCUGUUAGCAGACAGUGCCGCAGAUGAGCUCAGAGGAGUGCUUAAGAGCCCGCGCUUUAAGAAGUUAUUUGGGGAGGGUCUGGAAAAUAACGAUAAAAGUAGAUUGAAAUCGACACCCCGAGGAUACUCCGUCGACAUGGCAAACAUCGACCUAAUAAGAUACAAGAGCUUUACAGUGUUUGCAAAGAUUGACGAUUCCUAUUUAGGUACGCCGAAGCUAAUGACAAGGAUCGUUGAGCUCUUGACCGCGCUCCAUCCAUUCAAUGUCGCUUUAGAUCGACUUGCUGGGCUGCUCUAGUACAGUCCAGAUUUCAGGCCAAUUAAACAUGACACACUCACAUACACACAUCGGACCUGACCCGGUUGUAAUACGGUUUAGGGUUUAGGGGUGUGC